GCCAGUGGCCUCGCUCGUUGUGUUCCAGUGCCGCUCUCGGGCGCGCUCGAUGGCGAACGUGUGAUGUUGUUGGGCAAGACGGCCUGGCCUCGUCGAUGUUCGAUUUGUGCGCCGCCUGGCCAGUCUGACUAUGACCGUCUGGGUGCCCACGAGUCCCGACUUGAAGAAAUGUGGUCGUUCGAGUGGCUCCCUCUCUUCCUUCACCAGCCUCUCUAGCCAUUUUUUGGCUCAGGGUCGACUGAUACCAUACAAUCUGCUUGUUAUACGUUCUCUUGAGGGCGCGCGAGGUUCCAGUCCACUUGCCGCCUCAGCCCAUACAAACCAGAACUCAAGUUCGGCUGCGAAGCCGGGCCUCCGCCGACCGUCUUCGGACUCCGCACCGCAAAUGGCGUCGGCGAUCGCCAGUGCUUUCUCCGUCGACGAGCGCCCGUUCUCGACGCCGGGCCACGGCGCGGGGCUCGGCGCGCAGGUCGGCGGCGGCCUCCGGCGCGCGCAGUCGGCGCCCGUGCUGUCCCGGGGGCCCGCGGUGGCGUGCCGCACCGGCUGCCCCGCCCUCGCGUGGGCGGACAUGCUGGAGCUCGACGCCCCGGCCCCGCUCUCCGACGACUCGUCCACGGCCUCGAGCGAGGACGUCCUCUCGGCCAGCCUGGCCCUGCUCGACGAGGGCGGGGCCUCCCCGGCCGGGUCGCGCGGGCUCUCGCCGGCGGCUGCCUGCACGCCGCUGGGGCUGCUCUUCCAGGUGCCGUACACGCUGCCGCUCAAGGCGCCAGCAGCUUCCGAUCGGGCUGUCGGUUGCACCCGCACGAGCCUCAGCGCAAAGGCGAGGCCGUUCGUCGCCGCAGGCGUGACCGCGGCCGAGACGUUGUUGCAGCGGAGCCCUUGCACCUGGGCGGUCGGUCGCGACGGCGAGUGGCCAUUGAAAGUGCGGCCGAAAAACGACGCUUGCAACGCGCCAGUGACGCGCACAACCGUGAUGAUGCGGAACGUGCCUUACAUGUGGACGCGCGAGAAGUUGCUUGCGCUGCUGGACUCGAAGGGCUUCGCGAAAAAGUACGACUUUGUUUACGUCCCGAUCGAUUUCGAGACCACUCACACCCGCGGCUACUGUUUUGUGAACCUGACCAGCCCAAGUCACGUGGAACCUUUCUUCGAGACGUUCGGCGGUUUCUGCGACUGGCAGUGUGAGGCUUGCAGGAAGGAGUGCCAGGUUUGCUGGAGCGAAACACAGACAUUACACUCCAACAUCCUCCGUUACAAGGACAGUAACGUCAUGAGCCCAUCAGUACCCGAUGCAUACAAGCCGAUCAUAUUGAAGGAUGGCGUGCGCAUUCCGUUUCCGCAGCCCGCCCGAGAGUGCCGCGAGUUUGGCAAGAGUUCUGGAACCAUAAAGGGUUUGCGAAUGACGACGAGAACCGCGUUCUCUGCAGCAAGGGGCCGCUGCAUGUGAGCGCAGAGGCCGUCUCCAUCCCAAGUGUCCCGUCCCGUUCUGCCGUUUUUGCCUUCUCGUCGGCGUCUGGUAGUUCAUCAUCGUCCUUGUCUUUCUCUUUGUUUUCCGAUUAUUGCACGUCCCUGAAACUUGGCCCGCUUGGCGCAGAGGGAGCAAGCCACUUAAGCGGCUUGGAUGGCGCCGUGCUCUCUUCGGCCGCGACACCACCAGGAAGUUUUUUAGUGCAGUUUGGCUUCUGAGUUUGCUUCGGCUGAGUCCUGUUACAGCCUGCCCCAGAUUUGGGACACUCAUAGGCUCGAAUGGACCGACUGGACCGGCAAGCGGUAUUAGAGUCUCGCCACCGGCGAACGCCAGGCGGUUACUGCUUGCGGGUCCAAGGUCUUUGUGCUUGAAUCCUGUCGCCUCAAGGCCACAGUGCAACACCAGAGACCUGGUGAGUUGAGUUGCUAGAUGUAGGAGAGCGCGCCAGGCGGUGAGUCUUCCGCGCUCCUUUGCGAUGCUUGAUCGCGGCCCGAACGGCCAAGGCAUGCCGCCGCCUGACGAGGUUGGCUCGCGGGCGCCGGUUGUGGGUUUGCGCGCUCGACCACCACCAAGUCGAUGUGUGCUUGCCACCAGGAGUAGAGUCAUCUUCCUUCCGACCAGACACAUAUGUUACGUCGCAUGUUCGGGGGACCUCGUCUGUUCCCG